UAGCUGCAUUGAAAUACAGCUUUUCCUAACACGGUCACGCACAUGUUCGUGGCCUGGUUAUGAAUGGCCGGUUUUAGCGAAACCGUGCGAUGGUGAACCACGUAAAUAUGUCAGAUUAUACAUUGAGAUAUACUGUUAAUAGUGAUGGCAGGUGAUUCCACUAACAAGGUGCAGAUACAAAUUUAUAAUAACAUAACAAAGGAGGAUUUUCUCAAUAAUGUGUAUCCCCUGAGAGUGCCAGUGGUACUGAGAGGAUUGGAUAUUGGAACAUGUACCAACACUUGGACCGUUGAUUAUCUAUGCCAGCAUGCUGGAAAGAAAGAAGUAAAAAUUCAUGUCUGUCAAUCUGCACAGAUGGAUUUCCUGAGUAAAAACUUUAUUUACAAUGACUUUUCAGUAUUCUUUUUCUUGUCUUCCAAACUUUGUCUCCAGGAAGAAAAAUAUUAUCUUAGAUCACUUGGAGAUGAUCCACGGAAGGAUGUUGCUGAUAUUAAGAAACAGUACCCAUCCCUUUGUAAUGACAUCAUACUACCAGAUUUAUUUCCUCAAGAUCAUUUCACUUCCAGUGUGUUUAGAAUUGCAUCAAAAGGCACUCAAUUAUGGACCCACUAUGAUAUAAUGGACAAUUUUUUGAUUCAAAUCAGUGGACUCAAGCGAGCUGUUUUGUUUAGUCCUAGAAAUGCUACUGAUAUGUAUUUAGCAGGUAAUUGUGGUUUUAUUUAUUUGCUGUUAUUGUGUGCGUCAUAA